GUUGAUGGCCGACGUCAACGCCCCGUAGUCAGCGUUUGGUCAGAUGCAAAAUUGCACACACCGACAGCUUCAUUGCAUUUUGGUACACCAGAAUUACAUUGUUUUGCAGAGACAGUUGCAGUGCGUUCUGUGUGGUGGAUACGUUGGAUUUAUCGAACGUAGGCGUCAAACUGUAUGCGCGGACCACUUGACAGAAAUGGUACAAGUGAAUGUCUGGAGCUGAGUCCAGUGAAGGCCAGGGACCUCCAGUCCACUUCGAUGCUGGAGCAGUUCAUGACGAAGCUGUGUCUGCAUCACCAGAGGCAGAUUGUCGACACUCUGGGCUUCCUACAGACAGAGGUCAAGACUAUAUCCUCCUCCAGCACAUCACCAGCCUCUGCCUUCAAAACCUCUUGCUCAGUCAAGCAUGGCGCCCUUCAGGGUCCUAGUCCUGAACCCUGCCUGGAGAAGGGGAGGACUGGCCAGAAACUUCCCAUGGCUUCCACUCCCAAAGGACUGGUGGAGGGGGGAGAGACAGUUGGUACCAGGAGUAGCAGGUUGGCAGCCCCAGAGCAGACCCCUGAGACUGAUGUGUCUAGAAAUGUAUCUGGGGCCGCUGGGCCAGCCUUAGAUUUCCGUAAAUCUGGCCCAGGGGAGUCUAAGGCUUUGGCAAACCUCAGAAGCACAGAGGACAGUGAGAGUAAACCUCUUAGUGACCAUGCUCCUCUAAAGAUCAAAAUCAUGAAGUCCAGCAGCCUGGCUGAUGGUAAGAAGCUGUCCUGUGUGCUCACCACCUCUCUUCCUGCUCUCGCCAGUACUAUGAAUAAACAGCAGGGCAAUUCUGACUCUUCAAUCAGAGCAGAUAGUUACAGCGAUGGCCCCAGCUCCUCUGUGAAAAGGCACAAUGAUGUUAAUCAUCCAAUAAGACAAAGAGGCUCCUUUGGACGUACCAGAGAUACGCUGGUCAAACAGAGUCCACCCCAAAAGACUCCCACCAUCAUACCCCCAGUUUCCCCCAGGACAGCAAGGAAGACCUUGAAGGGGUCUUCCUACCAUCGGCCUAGGGACGCUUCUUCGCUGUGUCAGUUUGUAACCGACCCAGAUCUCGGCCACUGCGACAUUGUCUACAUUGACAAACCAAUCACAGACUGUUUCCAGAAAUGGCAGCACCGUCGGUUCCCGCGAAACAACGCCAGGAAAAGCACCAGAGGUCACAUGUACGUGGAGGAGAUGUGGGAGCUUAAGACUGUCCGUACAUUAGCCAGAAAGUCCGCCCGCAACUAUAGUGGCAACUCUCUCACUCCAAUGCCAGAUCUCAACACUCUGGUCACCCCUAAAAAGCUGCUUGGCAAGCCUGAGGGUGUACCUCUUAUGGAUAUGCCCUUCAUUGGAGGUAUUUUAGAGACGGUCAGUCAGAGAACUCCCUCGGAGCAUUCAGCUGAAAGGGAGUUGGCUGGGGAUGUAGAGACUGCAGCAACAUCAGCCAGUGAGGUGGAGCUAAUCGUUGAGACUAAUCAGACAGACCAGAGUCUAUGCAAAACACAGACUGCCCCUCCAUCUCCUUCACAGUGUCCCCCAGUGGAGAACGAGCAGAGUGCAGGGACAGACUCAGAGCAGCCAAGGCUGAGUAUAGCACCAGAUAGUCUAGCUCGUACUUUGGUUGAGACCGCACAUCAGGAUUUAAACUGUGUUAUUAAUGACAUCGUUUUGAGUGAAAGCCCAGAGCAGGUGGUGAUGGGGAAAAAUGUGAACCCAUCACAUAAGACUUCAGAAGAAGCUGAGCUUGUCCAGGAUCAGCUGCAGACUGAUGAGGAGGGCCAGAACGUAAUCUCUGAUACCCAACAAAAGGAAUCUGAAUCCCCGAGCCCUUCCAUGGAGAGCACUGGAAACAAGGAGGAGAAUGAGGUAGUGAAUGCAAGUGUAAUUGGUAAAGAACAGGCCGAGCCACUGGAACCUCAGAGUCCAGUUGACCAGAAACCAUCUGAGCGCUCUGGAGGAGAAGUUGGCACUGAGGUUCCCACAGAGAGUGAAAGGAUGGAGGUGCAGGAAACGGGCAAGGUUGAACCAGACUGGGCUCUAGGUGACGGCAACAAUGUGCCUGAAGAGAAAAGGACAGAUGCUGAUUCGUUCUCUAAAAAGGCAGAUGAGGCAGUUGUGAAACAAUCACCUCCAAGGUGUUCUGAAAAACAGGGUAUUCCAGCACGGGUGAUUCCUUCAAAGGUGAAGGAAACUGCAGUGAUUGAGACCGAGAAUAUGAUUAUAUGUGGAUAUGUGAAUGGUAGACCUAUAGCGCAGUCUGACAGAUGUUUGCGUGAACGGCCAGCUAAAAACACCCCAGAGUCUACUCCUACAAAGACUAAACGCCCCACUAAGACCUCUCUGAAACAAUCCGAGAAACCUUCUGAGAAGAUGCCAGAAAUUCCUCAAGUCUCAUGCCCUCUAGCCGAACUGAUCAAAAUCCCUGUGUCCAAACAUCCCACAAAAACCUUUAAAGCAACUCAGAACCUGCCUGACACGAAGACCCCUGUGGAAGCGAGCCAGUUCACGUCUGACGCAAGGGCCCCUAUAACAGCAAGACUGAACAUUCCUGACACUCCUCCAGUCCCAGACACACCAAUCGACUCCACCAGACACCCUGAGCCCAGACACCCGCUCAGAUCAGCCAGACUACAACAGCGAGCAGCUGUUGCCUCGCCCCCCCCCCCUGUCGCCUUGUCCCCCCUCCCUGUCGCCUCGCCCCCCCUCCCUGUCGCCCCGGCCCCCCUCCCUGUCGCCCAGGCCCCCCUCCCUGUCGCCUCGCCUCUUCUACCUGUCGCCUCGCUUCUCCUCCCUGUAGCCUCCCCUCCCCUCCUAGUUGCCGUUACUUUCAUUGUACCCCCAAAACCAUCUACCUCCCUCCCACUCCCCUGCAUCAAGUUUAACCCUCCCCUCCCUGUUGCCUCUUCUCUUCUUCCUAUCGUCCCCAGUGCAGUCACCCAGAGCUCCGAAGAGCUGAAAGUUGCAAGAGCUCAGCCAGCUCCAAAACCCAAACCCAGCAAGACACAGAACACUGCAGUGGAAACUAGGGUGCAAACUAGACCAAAGCUCAGGUCGUCAAUGGUGGUAGUAGCAAAGGAGGUUGAAGAGGUUGUGAGCCUGCAAGUUAGCAAUGAGGUUUCUGCUCUCACAGAGGGUACAAGCAUUAAAAAGAGUGAGGCGCAAGCACAUAGUAGUCCACUAAUACACAAAAUAAUUCCCCAAAAGGAAGGAGAACAAAGCAAAUUUACUCCAUCUGAGGGAGAACCAAGCAAAUUGACUUCCCUGAAGAAUUCAGAGGAACCAAUUUUGCUGAAGAAGGCAGAGGCACCAACUUCAAUGGAUAGCAAAAUUCUAUCUGGAGAUUUCAGCAAGUCUUCCAUCAGCAGUGCUUUAGACAGACCUGGGCGAAUGCCAUUGAGGAGUGAGAGUAGUAAAACUGAAGUGGUCAGCCAGUCCAUUACCCCGACAAUUCCACCGACUGCAGUGGAGAACAGAAAGUCCGCUUUGAGAGUCCAGAGGUCACCCAUGUCCUCAACCAGUGCUCCAAUCACAGCUGAGAAAAGGAGUGGGGUGGCAUCUUCCAUGAGGCUGAAAUCCCCAGUGAGACUCUCAUCACCCAUUAAGGUUAAGGUCAAACCUGAGAGGAUAAUCAAAUCUCCACUAAGGGAUUCUCCUUUGCUGGUCAGUUCUCCUCUUCCCUCCAGCUUAGACACUCCUCUCCUCCUGCCCAAACUGGAGCCCCUAGUACAGUCUCGACACAAGUUCCUGGAAUUACUAGACAUAGAGGAAAACCAACAGAAAAUAUCUACUCUCAACACCAUGUUCGGUAAGAUGCAUAGAGGCUGGGUCCAGAUAGACAAAGAGGGACAACCAACGCCCAGACACAAGAACAAGGCAGACAGACAGGCAGCGAUAUGGAAGAGCAAGCGCCGGGUCCGCAAGCCCAAGUCUUCGGAGCACCAGAGGUACUCCCUUGUCCAGAUGCUUUUCAAGAAUGAUUUGGACCUAGCCAGUAUCUGCCGCUGGUACAUGGAGUCAACAGAAACCCAAUCAAUGGUCAUCGUAAAGAAGGUGAACACACGUCUUCUCUCUGAGACCCAGCUGCUCUUCCCCGGUAUGUCCCAAGGGCUGUCCAAAGGGGUCUUCCCUAGCCUGCAAGCCGAGCGCUUGAAGAAACACUUGAAGAAGUUUGCCAUCGCUUCCCCUGUGAAGAGCAACCCUAAGAGCCAGAAGCUGAUUGCUAAAGCCCUGGAGCAGGAGGUCAGUACAAGUACUCCCAAAGGGAAGGAGAAGAGAGAGCUGACCACGGCCACCCGGAUCUCCACCAAAGCCUAUCUCUCCUCUGCAGAGGCACAGGCAACCGACGGCCAGAAGGCCUCAGCGAAGGCCAAGAACCCAGCCAGUGCUCGGAUCCUGCGGAAGUACUCCAAUAUACGUGAGAAGAUGCAAGGUCAACAAAGCUCCAAGAAGCCAAAAGGGGCCCCAAGAAAAGUGAUCAAAGCUUCCAAAGUCAAACCCUCUAAAGCCCCAAAGACAAAAUUGACAAAACUAACUAAAUUGAAACCGGCCACUGCCCAGAGGCAGAAAUUAUCUGUUUCUGGAGAUAAAAGUGUGAAGGAGCCAAGUGUAGUCAAAACAGCGAGAGCGCAGUCAUCUCCUAGUAGAAAGACUCCAGUAAAAGCUGCUGUCCAGGAGAGAUCAGUCAAGACUAGCAGCAGCAGUAGAACCGUAAGAGAUCUCAGUAGGAAAGAGAGUGCAUCACCACAGAGGUCUACCCAAAGAGCGAUGACCCCAAAAGCACAGAAAAACACCCUUGCUCCUUCCAUCACCCCUAAAACUGACUCAAACAAACAGAAGGUUGGAGCAGAGAAGGCAGAGGUGGAAAAGAGACACUCUGAAAGUAGAGUAUCUGAGACUAAAGGCCCUGAAAGUAAAGGUAUUGAGAGCAAAGGCUCUGAAAGUGAGGUUGAGUCUCAACAGAACAUGGAUGUCAAAACGCCAGGCUCUCCUGACCAGGUACUCACAAGGUCACAAAGGAAGAUGGAGGCCACUCCAUCCCCCUCAAUCUCUCAGAGUGCAAACUCUAAGCCUGCCACAAAGAGAUCAAAUCCAACUAAGAAUAAGACUCUGAAGGCUGCCACAAAGAGAAGCCAGGAGAGCACACAGAAUCCAGCCAAGCGGAUCAGGAAGAAAUAGCUAGAAAUAGCUACAGUAGUGUGCAGAAAGAACGUAACAGCCAAGCUGGUUAUAAUAAGGGGGGGGGGGACUUGGCAAUGCCAACACUUUUGAUAAGCUUCAAAGGCAAAAUGCAAAUGGUGACUGGAAGAUAUUUAAAGUCUACUGUGUUUGCUGUGUUUUCUGAGAGGGUACCUAUCAGACCAGUGUUGUUAUACAGAGGCAAAACUCAAUCUGGCCUCUGGUUUGGUAAUGUGUAAUUCUCUAACUGGGCUGUGGAGAUUAUUUUAUAAGUUUAUAUCUGCAUUGGAAACAUGUCAGACAUUUUAGAUUUUGGUUUGAUGCUAGGUUUAUUAGUUAUUCAGACUACAGCAUGCCAUGUCCUUUUUGUUUGUCCUAGUUUUUUGGAAAGAUCACACAAGUCUCUAUUCCACGCUUUCAAUUUUUUUUGUGAGGUUUAGUAAUAAUGGCAUGAGAACAUCAGUACCAUGUUGCUAAAAACAAAUAUUGAUUUUCUGUGACUGCAGCACAGCAUGGCAAGCCAAUCGUUCAAUUGAAAUUAGCCCAGGUUUCACUGAAUAUCAUUCUUCGAUCUAUAGCCUAUAUUCAUCAAUGUCUCCAGCCCAUCUCGUGAUCAGAGUGGUGCUCGUGUGUGUGACUUUUUGUGACCAGGUGCCUUAUUCAUCAGAUGUAAAGUAAUGUGUUGCUAACAGGUGAAGCCUCAAUUCUCUGGCCAUUGCACAGGCACAUACUGUAGGAGGAGAAAGGGAGUGUUCUAGAUAUGGAUUUGGUGCAGGUCUGCACACAUUGUGUCAUGUUGACUUGGUCCUUCAGGACUCUUCUCCAGGUUAUUGUAUAGAGCUGGUCAUUGGUGCUGACCUGCACAACUGUGUAUCUUCAUGCACACCUUCCCUCAUGUCUUCCCUAGUCUCCUCUGUCUUCCUGCUAUAAACCCACCCUGCUUCUCAUCUGUUGUUUUGAAUGUGUAAAGGAGCGUCACGGGUAAUUAUUCUAAUGAGUUCUCUUUGACGUGUGUUUGUUUCGUUUUAGAUUCUGGGGUUAUUUCUGUUCCUGAGCAGUAGCCUUAUAACUGUUGUUACCGUAGCUGUGUUUAACUUUCAAAAACUGUCCGAGAUCUGUUUUGAAAUUUUCACAAACGAUUUAUUUUUCUUUGCAAUACAUGUGAGAUGUGUUUAACACCUGCCUCACUUGUAUCUCUGAUCCUGUCCCUUAUAUUCUCUGAUUCUGGUUAGUUUAAUGGUGACGUUUUCCCUCUGGUGUGAUCAUUACAUGCUGUUGCAUGUGCUUUCGCUACCUGUAGUGUUUACAUUUAAAUGCUCGUUUCUCAACGGCCCACUCUUGAAGUGCAGUAUUCACCGCAACUAUUUCUUAUUAAACAUGUAUUUGUUUGUUCUAUCUGAAAACUAGCUUUUGCUGCAGAAACUUUACUAAGACUAUGCAUGUUACCUUUCCUCUCUGGGUCGUGUACUGAAUGAGCAUUAAUGACUGAUGAUAAACCCUUGAAAGACAUGCCAUUGGUCAAUUGUUUUGUAAGGGGGUCACUUUAAGGUCUGCUGUUUGAGAGCAGAUACCAGGGAAUGAUGCUACAGUACAUAGAUCCACAGGUUGUAUCUAAUGUUAGAUGCAUAUGUUUUGCCCAUACUUUGAGCUUGUAUGGUAGGGUGUGUUUACCUGUUAUUUGGACUAUAUUGCAGUAUACUGACCCCUGGUGACCAUAUAAGAAAAUUGUUGGAGAAAAAAUGUGUUUGUGAAUGAUCAGUCUGUACUAUAUCCCAAUGUUAUAGAAAUAACCUGUCUGGCAUGUUUUAUUUUUGUGUAUUUUAUUUCUCAGAUAGUUAUUUUAUUUCAGGAAUACGUUUUCUUGAUGCUUCCGUACUUCAGCAAUAGCCUGACCUCCGUUUGUCAAAAGAAAGAAGACAUUUUAGGACAGUUUUAUUUUUAUUAUGGUUAUUUCACUUUAAAAGUAAUAAUUUGUAAAUGCAAAAAGGUAUAAUUCAUGUUUUAUAUUGUUAUUUAAGAAACCCCUCUAGAUAAAUGCAUACAGUAGAUCUACAUGAAGCAGUCCACCAAAUAUCAAACUUGAACACGUUUUAUUCUUUACUGUGGAUAUUUAUAGUUUGGGAUUCUGUAUAUUGGAAAAUAAAUAACUGAUGUAUUUGUGUUAAUCCCAAUAAUGAGACAUUUGAAGUUAGUGACUUUGUAUUCUUGCUGGAGUUGAUAUAAAGAUGUUUGAAUUGUA